AUGGCAGAUGGCGUCUUUCCGGCGCGGCUCAGCUUCAGCUCGGACACUCCCAUUGGCUAUGCUGUGGCCUAUACCUUGUACUUUACCUACAGCCAAUUCAUAAUCACAAUCUGGAUGAUGUGUGGCUCCAGCCAGAUCUGCAUGCACUUUGCAUAUCUGGCCAAGCAGUUGGCCGCUUACCGUCCAAGUCGGGAACGAGACCGAGAGGACUGCCAGUUCUUGGCCAGCUUUGUGCAGAAACAUCAGCUGAUCCUCAGGUGGGAGGAGCUCACCAUAAACUGGAUCGGCAUUCAAUCUGCCAGUCAGCUCUGCUGCAUGCCCUUCUACUCUGUUAUCUGGGGUCUGAACUCAGAGGGAGUCUCCUACAUGGCGCUCUUCUCCAGCAUUGCCGCCCAGUUCUAUAUGGUCAGCUCCUAUGGGCAGCGGCUCAUCGAUUUGAGUGUCAGCAAAUCCAUGGCUGCCUGUUGUCAGAAGUGGUAUGAUGGCUCCAUACGCUACCAGAAGGACCUUCUCCUUAUUUUGGCACGCGCCCAGCGCCCAGCGGAGAUAUCGGCAAGGGGCAUUAUCAUUAUAUCCCUCGACACCUUGAAGACCUUGAUGAGCAUCACCUAUCGAUUCUUUGCGGUUAUGCGACAAACUGUGGGAAAGUGA